UCCUCAUCCACCAUUAUUAUAAGCCUCUCUCUCCCUCCAUUUUCCCCAACUCAACAAAUUUUGAAGAAAGCAUGGAUCUUAUAGACCUCUUUCUCUCCCUCCUCUUCCUCCUCCCCCUCCUCCACCUCCUACGGGCGGCGUACGACCGCCGCCGCUGCUACAUCCUCGACUACGAGUGCUACAAGCCCGGCGACGAGCGCAAGCUCAGCACCAAAUUCUCCGGCGAGAUCAUCCGCCGCAACAAGCAGCUCGGCCUCUACGAGUACAAAUUCCUCCUCAAGACCAUCGUGAGCUCCGGCAUCGGCGAGGAGACCUACGCCCCGCAGAUGGUCUUCGACGGCCGCGAGGCGUCGGCCACCCUCGCCGACGGACUCGUCGAGAUGGACGAGUUCUUCCUCGAGAGCGUCGGCGCGCUGCUCAAGCGCACCGGCGUGGGGCCCGCGGAGAUCGACCUCCUCGUCGUGAACAUCUCCAUGCUCUCGACGGCGCCCUCUCUGUCGUCGCGCAUCAUUAAUCUGUAUAAGAUGCGCGACGACGUUAAGGUGUAUAACCUCGCCGGAAUGGGGUGCAGCGCGAGCCUGAUCGCCGUCAACGUCGUCGAGAACGUGUUCCGGUGCCGGAAGGACUCCGUCGCCCUCGUCGUGACGUCGGAGUCCCUCAGCCCCAACUGGUACAUGGGGAAGGACCGGUCGAAGAUGCUGGCCAACUGCCUCUUCCGCACCGGCGGCUGCGCCGUGAUCCUGACCAACAAGGCCGAGCUCGCCGACCGGGCGAUGUUCCGGCUCAAAACCCUAGUACGGACGCACCACGGCGCCAGCGACGACGCCUACUCCUGCUGCGAGCAGAAGGAGGACGCCGACGGAUUCGUCGGCGUCCACCUCGGGAAGAAUCUCCCCAAGGCCGCGACGAGGGCGUUCGUCGACAACCUGAAGGAGAUCGCCCCGAGGAUCCUCCCGGUCCGGGAGAUCCUCCGGUUCCUCGCCGCCAAGAAUCUCCGGCGGCUCCGGCGGCGGUGGAGCAAGGAUCCGGCGGUGGCGGGGCGGCCGGCGGCGAUCAACUUCAAGACCGGGGUGGAUCACUUCUGCCUGCACACGGGCGGGAAGGCGGUGAUCGACGCGAUCGGGCAGAGCCUCGGGCUGAGCGAGCACGACGUGGAGCCGGCGCGGAUGACGCUGCACCGCUUCGGCAACACGUCGGCGAGCAGCCUGUGGUACGUGCUGGCGUACAUGGAGGCGAAGCGGCGGCUGAAGAAGGGGGAUAAGGUGUUCAUGAUCAGUUUUGGGGCAGGGUUCAAGUGCAACAGCUGUGUGUGGGAGGUGGUGAGGGAUUUGAAGGGUGAUAAUGUGUGGAAGGGUUUCAUCAAUGGCUACCCAAAGAAGAAUUUGGCCAAUCCUUUCAUGGAGAAGUUUGGAUGGCUGCAUGAGCAAGAUGAUAGCUUCAGCCUACCAGAUGAUUAUCAGAUUCCGGAUUGAUUAUUGUAAUUUUAUUUUUUAAUUUUAUUUGUUUUUGUUUUUAUGAUGAUAAAUCGAGGAUUUGUUUUAAUAGUA